CUAUUCGGGUAAGAUCUAAAAUAUAUAUCCAUCUAAUUCCAGGUCAAGAUCGGUGUUAAUCCUUUCUUUGUUUCUUACGAUCAGUGGAUUGUAAUUUAUGUGGAAACGAGGGGUGAUUUAUUCGGUCUGUCGUAGCUGUUACCCUCACACAGGGUCAAGACUUCAGGCCACAAACAAGGGGACAGAAGAGACCGAAUAUGAAUUACCCCCUCGUUUCCACAGAAAUUAAAUGGAAUGCAGUUUACUGUAUAUGUCACAUAUGUGACAAGAAAUAAGGACUCGGUUCGACAAUGCAGUUUUGUAAACAUGAUGUACAUAUUGUUGGGACAGGGGGAUCCAAUUAUUUUCCUAAACAUUAUAGUGGAUCUAAGAGGGGUGGAGGAUGUCAGAUGACUUGUGAACACUUCUCCUAUAUGGCUUAUCAGAUAGUUAUAUAAAACAAUAGAAGAUGCAGAACAACACAUUUACAUGUAUAUUGCUAGUGGCUUUAACCGCUCUGGUGUGUACUCAGUCGUGUCCAAGUGGAUUUAUUUCUCGAGAGAAAAACAGACGUUCUACAUGCUGUAGACCAAAGAUAUGUAAUAUCAAUGAAGGACAUGAGCUAUGUAGUGGAACAGUAGAAGACCCAGGAGAGGACCAAUGUUUUCCUUGUCCCAAUGGCACCUAUAAUUUGGAUAGAAUUGACACAGCAGCACUCCCUGUGUUUUUUCCAGUGUGCAGGCUUCCCGACUGCAAAUGCAAUCAUGAGGGUGGAAUUAUAAUGAAUCCAAAUGAUUGCAAAUUUGGACGAACAAAGAAAGUGUGUCAAUGCAACAGGAGUGCUGGGUACUAUGGAAGCGAUCCAAUCAGCUGCCUCAAAGUAGACGAGUCCACGAUGUCAUCCAUGAAACAACCUGGAUAUGAACUAACUGAUGAAGGGCAGGUUAGGCGGUGCAAACCAGGAUUCUACAAAUCCUCUGCUGAUACCAGUAUUUGUAAGGCUCAAAAAAUAUGCCUGGUUAUCAGUAUUCCUGGUUCUCCCACUAACGACACAAUCUGUGAUGUUUCUAUGGCAACUCUUCCACCUGAUGUUCCGGACAGUUACGAAAGUACCACCUCUCCCAGAUCAAAUUCCACAGAGCUUCAAGACAUAGUUCCCUCUUCCACACCGGUUGAUAUACUUGUGAUUGCAGGUGUUGGUGGUGGUGUUGUUUUGAUGAUUAUUGUAAUACUCUGCAUUUACUGCUGUAUUAGAUGUUCAAGAAAUGGUGGGAACAUAAGAUCCCAAGAUGAGAGAGAACAAAUUCAUCCUCUGAAUCCAAGUGGAAUAUACGAUGAAAUUGGCGUAGAAAGAAGACUGAGAGAGCAAGAUGGACAUAUUAUGUAUGACACAAAUAAUUCUGUGCCCAGUAUGCCCUCCAGUCAAGACACUGAUGACCAGAGAAGAUAUAACGGUGAACGAACAGAUGCAGGAACAGACGGAAGUUUGGGAAUUGCUAUGAUGGGCGGGGAAUUAUCAUACAGUAUAUUGUCACAAGAUUCAGUAGAUACUACAAAUGGUGCUCACUGUAAUACCCCACUUAAAACGUUUGUCACAAUAGAUCCAAAUCCUGAACAAGAGGAUGCACAGAAAUUUUGUCCAGGGGCCCAUGUUGUGACAGAACUUGACAUAGUUAGGUUCUCUGACCAAAAGUCAUCAUGAAUUAGAUGUUAAAAUAAUCGGUAUUACGUGGUCAUUAUGUGGUCAAGAUGAAUUCAUUGGAGAAGAGACAAUCCCUUUUCUUACUCAUUUAAUAAGGAAGGAUGCUCCUUAAAGCUAAGAUGAACAAAUUCAACAAUAUAUAUAUAUAUAUAUGUUAGUACAUGUAAAAACAAAUUAUUACCUAUGAUGAAAUACCAUUGUAUGGAGUUUAUUGCCUUGUUACUUGUUGAAUAGUAAGAUUCAAAGCCAAAGCUCUGUGACUGAUAAAUAACUUAGUUUAGGUCAAGGUUAAAUUUGCCAUGUGCACACAUAUCUUGUUGAAUCUUCUGUUUGUGAUAUGUCAUAAUAUUGUUACAGUAUGCGUUUGGUAUGUGUUUGCGAUUGUUGUAUUUCUAUGGGAGGUGUUUUUUUUUGAAUUUGUACACAAAUGUAGAUAAAACAUGCAUAUACCUCCAAUUAAUGAAUGUUAUUUAUUGCACAUUUUUAUGCAUGAUUGUUGCUAGACAUAUUUGUGACUUUUUGUAUACAGUGAAACCCUGUCCCUUUAUAAUCUGAUAUGUGCUUUAGGGAGAAAUUCUGUCAUCGUAGAUAUGAUGUUAGAUUGCAGUGUAAAAAAACCCAGGAAAAAGACAAUUCCAGCAUUCGACUUUUAACAUACAUGUAUUUCCUUUAAUUAUUUUGUGCUUCAAUGAAUUAAUGUUUCAGAUAGAGAUAUUUGCAUGUACUUAUUUUUUUUUUCACCUUUUAUUGUGUACUCAACUGAUAUUUUGCAUUACUGCUCUCGAGUUGGUUUUGCAUGUGAGAAAGCUUUGUUGUUUGUUGUAUGCAAAAUGGUUAUACAUGUUGAUAGAAGGAAUGAGAUUAAAUAUUUAUAAAAACACA